AUGUCAUUAGCUGCAUCGUUAAAACCACAAAAGCGCCUAUAUCUUCUAAUAUCUGUUCCACUUAUCACCAUGCUGCUCACAUUUCCACUACUAUGGGGUUGGAGUCUGACUCUCUUGGACGAAGAUAUCCGUCCCAACAAUUCUUUUCUUGGAACACCGAACAUCAGUGAACAAGAGAAUCUCAACUACACCUCUUAUCUUCCGGUAACCAUGUCAAUUGUGCCGCAGUGGUACGCCAGUGCACGAAGACCGGAUAGUUUGUCGAUGAUGCUACAGCCACGAGAAUACCGUCGCAUGACGUGUGCCCAGCUGCGCACACAGCACCAGCGUGAGUUCGAUAUUGUGUCGGGACGCAACAAAUUCCGGAAGAAUCAAGAGACAGACCCUCGUACCCUACUAUUCCGUGACCCACACCCCGUGUGUGGACGCUACCUGCUCUCACGUCUAACGGGUGGGAAGCACCGCUAUGUGUUUGUUGUGCGUACCGGGCGCUCCCAGGCGUCACAGUUGCCCAGUGUGCUGACGGUGAGGGCGGGGGAUUGGAGUGAGGACAUUGUGAUUGAGCAGUGUGGGCAGUGCAUGGAGGCGGUGGCUUCGGAUGCGGAUGCGUGCAGCGAGGAUGUGCUGUUCAGAGCCCGUCUCUUCAAUGCCAACCGUGUGCUGGAUGCGGAGGUGGUGCCUCCUGGAGGUGGCGGGGCUGCGCAAGACGGGCACGGGCGUGUGGCGAGGGUUGUGCGCUUCCGUCCCCUCGACCCCGGUGACUACACGCUGGAGGUGAAAAUGGUACACUACAACGGUAACAGUGAUAAUUACAAAAGAUGUAGAAAUCUUGGUAGAAUUGGAUUGCAUUACACGUCUAAAUAUCGAAACUUUUUCUUUUACAAUGGAGUGUGUGAUGUGCAGCGCCUUGUGUACGGCAGUCCGCUGCGUGUGCGUGUGUUGCCUGCUGUGGAUGUGCCCACGCUCCAUGUGACUCCCCCCUUCUGCAACAUUUCCACGAACUACAACACCAGUGAGGGUGGGCAGUGGGUGCGCUUCGUUGAUGGCGCUGACCCGCAUACUCCAGAGGGUGCUCCACACCCGCUCGCAGCGAACUGCACCGCUGGAGACCGCUACUGUCACGGCAACCCUGUGUCACUGACGGACCCUGGUGGCUAUAACAACCACCUGGUGUGGGUGCCGAGCACAUGCCGGCUGCGUCUCUUCGCUAAGGGCACAGGGGGACCGUCCACAGUGUGUCUGCGCACACCUUCGUUCCGCACGCGACAGACAGAAAUAUUGUUUGCUGGUGAUAGCAUGGCACGUGAGCAUUACUCCAACUGCGAGGAGACACUUUCUAAUCGAAGUAAUUCUUUAUUACGAUGUCGCAGGAUUGAGUUUUUAGUGAAAGCAAAACGAUAUACACGUGCAAGUGCUUUGCUUAGAGUUAAUGCUGCAUUAGACACUGUCAAUGAUGCUACAGUUUUUGUUACAAACAUGGGCAUGCAGUAUAUGGUCACCGAAGGAACAAAAACCCAAUGGGUGGAGUUUGUUGAUCUCUUUGUGCGUGAGUGGCGACGGCGUAACCUGACAGUGCUGCGCGGUCCGUACACGACGAUGCCGCCAUUCGGUGCGCCAGCGACUGUUGAAGCACCUGGUGAUGCUGAGUGGCAGCAGUACAUGUGGGAGCAGAACCAACGCAGUCGUGCCAUAAUGCGGUCGGCAGCUGGGGAGCACAGCCGCUUUCCGCCACACGUGGAAUGGGCCGUGUGGUUGUCACCACCCACAGUGCAAUAUGCGCAUUCUGGCAUGACCCACCAGAGGGAGGUUGAGUGGGAUCGUCUGGCGUAUGAGCGAUUGCAGAAGAUUGGUUUUAUUCGCCUGGAUGCACUGACACCCACACACUCGCGGCAGGAGGGAACAUGGGAUGGGCUGCAUUACCUACCCCGUGCAAAUGCAGCAAUGUCUCCUCGUCGCAAUCCACGUGCUGCCGUUCAGGAGUUUAAUGGUGGUGUCUCUUUUAUGCUCUUCCUCAUCUUGCUCAACGUGGUGUGUUUCUCGUGA